AUGGGUUCCGUCGCGCCUACUCUGGGAGAGCUUGAUGCCUCUGCGGUCAAGAUCACCCGCUCGACAAAUCUUCGCCCUGUUCCCGCGCCUGGCUCGCCAGAGGAAUUGAGCCAUUCCUACUGCACUGAUCAUAUGGUCACUGCCCGAUGGACUGUCGCUGGUGGUUGGGAGGCUCCCGAGAUUAAGCCAUAUGGGGACUUGAGCAUUCCUCCGACGGCCUCUUGCUUGCACUAUGCCACCGAGUGUUUCGAGGGCAUGAAGGUGUACCGGGGAUAUGAUGGCAAACUGCGUCUGUUCCGGCCGGACCUCAACGGAGAGAGACUAGUCAAUAGCUCUCUCAGAGCGACUCUACCCGGUUUCAAAUUCGAAGUGCUCAAGCAUCUGAUCGCCAAAUUAUUACAGAUCGAUGGACCCCGUUGGCUCCCUAAGAAUAGACCCGGAGAGUUUUUGUACCUUCGUCCUACCGUGAUUGGCAGCGGCCCGCAUCUGGGUAUUCAGACUCCCAAGGAAGCUCUUCUCUUCAUCGUUGCGGUGCCAUGGCCCGAUCCUUCCAAGAAGAUUCCUGAGGAUGGCUCUAAGCCCGGACUGAAACUUCUUGCUUCGCAACCUGACACAGUCCGUGCCUGGCCCGGUGGUUUUGGUUACGCAAAACUGGGAGCCAACUAUGGCCCUUCGUUGGCUACUCACGGCAAAGCCCAAAGUCUUGGGUUCGAUCAGGUUCUGUGGCUGUUCGGCGAGGACCGUCAGGUGACCGAGGCGGGUGCCAGCAAUUUCUUCAUUGUCUGGGAAAACAAGGGAACGGGAAAACUGGAACUUGUGACGGCUCCGUUGGAGAACCAGCUCAUCCUCCCUGGUAUCACCCGCCGCAGUGUUCUUGAACUGGCUCGCACGCAGUUGGUCAAGUCCUCUGGAUCUCUUGCCCCGGUCGAGGUUAUCGAGAAGACGUUCACCAUCGGCGAUAUUGAAAAGGCCUGGAAAGAAGGACGUAUUGUGGAGGCAUUCGUCUGUGGCACCGCUUAUUUCGUUUCUCCCGUCAAGAUCAUCGGAAAUGGUGAUGUUCGCAUGGAUAUGGUGGGAACUGGUGCCCACCGUGCGGGAUAUGCCGCGCUGAUUAAGUCCUGGCUUGAGGAUAUCAUGUACGGCAAGGAUGGCAAGGAGAAUCACGAAUGGAGCUAUGUCAUCGAGGGCGAGGUUGAGAAAUAA